AAACAGUUCUCCUUUCAAGAAAGGAGAAGUAGAGAAGUAAAGAAAAAACAAAUAAGCGAAAAUAAUUUAACUUGAGUGAAAGAUUCUUUUAAAGUUAAUCAGUAUCUAAUGGCCAACGAUAGAGAAGUUCUCCGGAUGAUAUGGGAGGGGCAAUUGGCCUUAUGUUUUCAAGCAGAUCCUGACGAAAUAGUGGGUCUUCAACAGCCAGAAAACUUUUAUUUGAUGGUGUCGCGUCUCAGUUAUUUACCCCUGGUCACAGACAAAGUUAAAAAGUAUUUUAGUCGCUUCAUCUCCGACAGUCAGCAGGAUGGAACAGUAUGGUUUGACUACAAUGGAGCCCCAUUAAAACUUCACUACCCCAUAGGUAUUCUGUACGAUUUGUUUCAAGAAGAGGGAAGCCAGCCAUGGUGCUUAACGAUACACUUCUCAAAAUUCCCAGAGGAUUCGCUGGUGAAAUUCGAGACAAAAGACUUACUGGAAUCUUAUUUUAUGUCAUGUCUGAAGGAAGCCGAUGUGCUCAAGCAUAGAGGUCAAGUUAUUUCCUCGAUGCAGAAGAAGGAACACAAUCAAUUAUGGAUUGGAUUAGUAAACGAUAAGUUUGAUCAAUUUUGGGCCGUAAAUCGUAGACUGAUGGAACUUAAUGGUGAACAGGAAUGUUUCAAAUAUACACCCAUACGAUUUUACAAUGAGGAUGGUACAUACAUACAGAAGCUGGUGUCACCUCUCACAGAGAGUGGAAAGAAAAAAACUGUGAAAGAUUUGCUGGACGAAUUGUCAACACCCAAACGGAAAGCUGUUGGUGCCAAAACGCAUGGCAUAGACGUUCACAGCGAAACGCAUCUGCAAUGGAUGUCGGAACAUCUUAGCUAUCCUGAUAAUUUUUUGCAUUUGGUUAUUUACUACGAGAGUGUUUAGAAUUGUGGAUAUAAAAAAACAAGUGAUGUAUUUAAGUUUAUAUGCGUAUUAAUAAAAUCUAUAUUUAAUCCUUAAAAUUAUAA